AUGGCAUUAAUCAAGCUGAUUAUGAAAGAGAGGGAUUGCCGUCAUCUAAGCAGUCGGCAGCUGGAAUAUGAGGAAAAAUUGACAGUAUUCAACAAGUCCUAUCAAUCUAGUUUGGUACAAGCAACAAGUCCCCUGUCAGUGAAAAUUCCUGAGUCUUUUGAUGCAAGGUUAAACUAUCUUAGAAGAGCCACGAUGGGUACGGUGAAUGUCGGGAAACAUUAUGUCUUUUACCUCCUUGUACUAGUCUUUGCUGUUGCUAUGGGGCUACUUAUGCCGGUCAUUGUGAAGUUCGUCCUCAGUCAUGUACCACAAGAUGAUGAUCUGGACUAUGUUUCUUCUACACCUCUAUUGAGUGUACUUGGUAAAAUUCAUCACCGUUGUUUUCCUAUUGGUGGCAACAAGAGAGGCAUUUAGUGCCCUUGGUGUUCACUGUUGCUUGAUCUAAUCGUUCGAAUUGGU